AUGGGGUCCAUGUUCAACAAGUCUGGACGCCAGAUGGUGCUCAUGGCGCACGGCGAUACGAGCUAUGACGACCCGGGGUCGGGGUUGUGCGUUCCCAGAAAACUGACAGUGACGGGACGUGACGGUUUCUGCCGAAAAUUUGAACCGCGAAACGGACCGCGAAAGCACAGCUGUGAGGUCCUUUCGAAGUCGCUCGUCUCGCCCCGCGCGGAGAUCACUUCACGCCACGCGCGCGCGCCCCGCGCCGCUUCGAGCGACUCCGCGACGCACUCGACCGUCGUCAUGCCGCCCUCGCCGGGCGCGCGAGACCCGCCGCGCGCCCGAAACGGCGCGCGAGCCCAGCCGAGAACGAGGCGACUUGUCGCCUCGGGCUUUUACGCGUUCCUCCUCCUCGCCCUGACCGCGCUCGCGCCGCGCGUCUCCGCGCUCGCGCUCGGGGAGGACGAGGGUCCCUUCGGCAUCGCCGACGACCGCCGCAUCCUGAUCGACGUCGACUUCGACCCGAACGACUACCCCGAACCCUACGACGACGAGGGAACUCCACCCUUUUCGCCCCUUUCGGCUCCCGGCCCGAGCUCGAGCCCCACGGGCGCGCUCGCUCCCGCCGCCGCGCCCGCCGCCGCUCCAUCCGCGGCUCCCACGCCGACGCCGACGCCCACGCCGUCACCGAGCCCCCCGCCGCCGAGCCCUUCACCGCCGCCGCCGAGCCCUUCACCGCCGCCACCGAGCCCUUCACCUCCUCCGCCGAGCCCUUCACCUCCUCCGCCGAGCCCUUCACCUCCUCCGCCGAGCCCUUCACCGCCGCCCCCCGCGGCCGACACCCCCCCACCCACGCCCGAGCAGGUCGAGGAGAAGAAGGCCGCCGCCGAUGAGAAGAAGGCCAAGGCCACCGCCACCCGCGACACCGUGCUCCAGUCCAUCCCGGAUGAAAAACUCAAGGAGAAGGCCAAGCUCCUCGCCGACGCCGCCAUCUCCGGAGCGCCCGUGCGCAAGAUGACCGCCACCCUCACCGCGACCACCCCAGACGACGCGUGCGCCACGUGGUUCUCCACGGCGGGCCUAUCCCCCGACAGCGGCGCGUGCGUCGCCUCGGUCGCGCCCCCCGCCGCGAACACUCGACGGCGGCUCCUCCUCUCUCUCCGAGGGUCUCGCAACCUUCGACGCAACCUCGCGCAAACGACGUCCGCCGCGUACGACGUCGACGUCUUCUUCGACUCCACGACGAUCGACGUCGCGAAACUCGACGAUGCCGUCGCGUCGUUGACGCAGUCGGGCGUCGCCGUCGAGUACGUGCAAGAGGUGGACCCCGUUCAGGAGUUGAAGACAAUCCCGGGCGUGGACGCGUCCGCCGUCGAGGACUUUGCGGUGGACGCGAAAGAGGCGGAGGCGGCGACUCGGGAGUACGAGCAAGCCGCCGCCGCGGCGCCGCCGCCGGGUGUGCUCAUCAAGGGGCCGGUGGUGAGCCCCGCGGGGGGUCGAGCGCGUUUCGCGUUCGGGUGCGUCGCCGCGGUCGCGGCGCACGCGCUGCUGCUGGCGGCGUGA